AUGGCGCAUUCGAAAAUGACCGACAUUUCUGUUUCCCCUCGCAUCUCCCAGUCUGAUCUCAAGUAUGCUCGCCGACACCUCGAUGAUAAGUGUGACUCACUGCUCAUUCUCUUCAGGCUUCUCCGUUCGGGCUACCUCACCGAUAUCAAGAUCAUCUGCGGUGACCGAAAGUGGAGCGCUCAUAAGGCCAUUCUCGGUUCCCGUAGCCAGUGGCUCAAGAAUGCCAUGGGUGGCGGCCCCGAGCAGGGUCUCAUAGAUGAGAUCCGCAUCGAGGAUCAGGAUUCUGAUUUGGUAGACUGUAUCCUGGUCUACCUCUACACUGGAGGCAUGUCACGCUCUUUUUCUUUUCUGGAAAUCACUUAUCUUCCUCACUAA